AUAUUCCUCAUACUUUCAAGCACUCGCCGANUAGUUCGAAGCAACGCUUUACCUGCACCGGACGACACUCCAGGUUGUUGCGGCUGUGGUACAGGAGGACCUGGCCCAAAGGGCUCACCAGGACGUGAUGGAAAGCCAGGAGCAGAUGGACCACCCGGACCACUAGGACUUGAUGGCAAAGAUGCACCGGAAAUAUCCUCUUCUCAAAAACCCGUCGAUUUCUGCUUAGAGUGUGCAGAUGCGCUACCGGGACCACCUGGUAGCGCUGGACCGAAAGGACGUGCGGGAAAACCUGGUAGCCCAGGAAAAGAUGGUGCUCCGGGAGAGCGUGGACCAGUCGGACCCAUUGGCCCAGCUGGUCUUCCCGGUAAAGUAGGCUCAACGGGUCCUAAAGGACCGCCAGGGCCACCAGGGAAUGUCCAAGAUGUUCCUGGCCCAAUCGGUCCUCCUGGUCCACGUGGUGCAGUUGGGGCGCCUGGUCCAAGUGGUAGGCCUGGAGCGCCUGGUGCAGACGGUCCAGACGGAAAGCUCGGAAUGAAAGGGCCGCCAGGAUCGCCCGGCAAGAACGGACAGCCAGGUCAUCCAGGCCCAGAUGGCGAAAGAGGUAAUGCUGGUAAGGAUAGUGAUUGUGGUCACUGUCCACCACCCAGAACAGAUCCCGGAUACUAA